UAUGGCUGUCGCGCGCCCUCCGGAACGAACCCUUUCCGUUCUCUGGUCUUCACAGUGACGGUUAUUUUAUUUAUUUUUUUGACAGAGGAACGCUGCUGUGUUGGUGAGAAAGGCCAAAAUGAAAAGAAACUGCCACUGCACAAAAGGGUAAAUUACACAUGUAUAUAAUAAGAAGAAAUCGAAGAUAACACGCUGUCAUCCUCCCAGCUAUUGCCAUGACGACAGACGAGGCGACAGAGAGCCAGCAUCAGAAGAAACCCAGCCAGCAGGAGGCGGAGCAGCAUCAGGUCACGCCUCCUGACCACGGACCCUCUGAGUCCCAGGCCGCCACCAGCCCCGCCACCUCGCCCCAGAGCACUGGUUCGCCCUCGUACUCCUCUCCCCAGGAGGAGGUGCAGCUGAGACCCCGUCGGCGCACCUCAGCUGGCCGCGGCCUCUCGCGCCUCUUCUCCUCCUUCCUGAAGAGGCGUUCCCAGUGCGAGGAGGACGGGGGAGAGAAGGGGGAGAAAGGAGGGGACGGGGAAGAGCCCAAGGCGCCCAUCGCUGACUGUGAACCAGAGCUCAAGAUCGAGGGUGAUCAGAACCUUGACCUGCACUCGCUCAGCAGCAACGAGGCGCAGCUUGUCCAGGUAGACCAGAAGGAAGACCCCGAGAAAGACUCUGAGGUAGAGGGCGGAGAGACCGAUAAGAAGAAAAGAGAAGAGGACAGUGCCCAGGGGAAGGAGAAAGAGGAGGAGGAGCCUGAGGGAGAAGGAGAGAAAGAGGGAGUAGAGAAGACAACAGAGGAAGACGCUCAACCUCCUAAGCCUCCCCGUCGACCCAGGAUCAUGCAGAUUAAAGUUACACUGCUGGACGACACUCUGUUUGAGUGUGAGCUGGAGAAACAUGCCAAAGGUGUGGAGCUGUUCACCAAGGUGUGUGACCACCUCAACCUGCUGGAGAGAGACUACUACGGCCUGGCCAUCUGGGAGUCGCCCUCCAUGAAGACCUGGAUGGAUUUCACCAAGGAGAUCCGCAGGCAGGUUCAAGGUGCAAAGUUAGACAAGAUCUGUGCAGACGCACAAUCAUGUACAGGCACCAAUUAUGACUUCACCUUCAAUGUGAAGUUCUAUCCUCCUGACCCAGCCCAGCUUUCUGAAGACAUCACCAGGUACUACCUGUGUCUCCAGCUGCGUAAGGACAUCCUGGGGGGCCGUCUACCCUGCUCCUUUGUCACGCUGGCCCUUCUGGGUUCCUACGCACUGCAGUCAGAGCUGGGGGAGUACGACCCAGAGACACACGCACCAGACUACGCCAAGGACCUGAGGCUGGCCCCGGGACAAACCAAGGAGCUAGAGAAGAAAGUCAUGGAGCUGCAUAAGACAUACAGGUCGAUGAGUCCAGCACAGGCAGACAUGGCCUUUCUGGAGAACGCCAAGAAACUAGCCAUGUACGGAGUGGACCUGCACCAGGCCAAGGAUCUAGAUGGAGUGGAUAUUAUGCUGGGUGUGUGUUCUGGGGGUUUGAUGGUCUACAAGGACAAGCUGAGGAUCAACCGUUUCCCCUGGCCCAAAGUCCUCAAGGUCUCCUACAAACGCAGCAGUUUCUUCAUCAAGAUACGCCCCUCAGAGCUGGAGCAUUACGAAAGUGCCAUUGGUUUCAAACUGCCAAACUACAAGGCCUCCAAGAAGCUGUGGAAAGUGUGUGUGGAGCAUCACACCUUCUUCAGACUGACCUCUACUGAGGUGGCUACCACUCCCAGGAAGUUCCUUGCACUGGGUUCUAAGUUCCGCUACAGUGGGCGGACCCAGGCUCAGACCCGCCAGGCCAGCUCUAUGAUUGACAGGCCAGCCCCCCUGUUCCAACGCUCGGCCAGCAAGAGGAACUCACGCAGCCUGGACGAAGCCAUGGUGUCCACUCCAGACAAGAGCACCCGUCCAGUCAGUGCUCCCAUUAUGUCCCCCGUCUCUCCAGGGGAUGCCGCCCCGCCCACUGUGACCUCUGCCCUGCCCCGCAGUGAGCGGCGAGAAGCAUCCACCGCCCCGGGCCGCCAGUCACGCUCAGCAGAGAGGAAGACCAAGGAAGAGGCCAAGGUGAAGAGCAAGGUGACAGAGGUCUCCAAGACACAGAGCUCCAGACCACAGUCCACCCCAGAGUUCAAGAGGGAGGGAGCCAGGAGGAGUAGGCAUCAUGCCCCUGCAGUCACCACCACCACCAAUGGGACAGAGAGAGAGAGAAAGAGCCAGCAUUCGCCCCGAGACAGAACCGGCACGGAGACGGUGCGCGUGAAGAAGAAAAGAGCUAAGAAACUUGAGGGUCAAACUAUUUAUAUCAGGCAUAGCAAUAUAAUGUUGGAGGACCUGGAUAAGACCCAUACAGAGAUCAUGCGUCACCAUACCAGUAUCAGUGAGCUGAAGAGAAGCUUCAUGGAGUCUGUUCCGGAGCCGCGGCAGAGCGAGUGGGACAAACGCCUGUCCACCCACUCACCCUUCCGCACGGCCAGCAUCAACGGACAGCUGCAGUCAGGCACUGACGGGUCUAACGUCGUGAAAACACAGACUAUCACCAUCUCAGACGUGUCUAACUCCCUACGAGGAGACGUCUAUAACAAGGAGGUCCCCAUCGUGCACACUGAGACCAAGACCAUUACCUACGAGUCAGCGCAGUGUCUCCUUCAGCCCGUAGACAGCAUGGCAGAGAGGGACUCUGGAAUGCUGUUGAGUGCCCAGACCAUCACCUCAGAGACAGUCAGUACAACCACCACCACUCAGAUCACCAAGACGGUGAAAGGAGGGAUCUCUGAGACUCGCAUUGAGAAGAGGAUUGUUAUAACUGGAGACACAGAGAUUGAUCACGACAAGGCUCUGGCCCAGGCCAUCAAGGAGGCGAAGGAGCAGCACCCGGACAUGUCUGUGACCAAAGUGGUGGUGCAUCAGGAAACAGAGAUCACCCCAGAUUAACCCCAGGUUUACCUCUCCUAUAACCAGCUGGGGGCCAAAACUACCACGGCGCCUGAGGAAGAGCAACUCACAUACAGCCCCCCACCCCUCCCUUGUUCGCUUGUGUCACCACCAUUCCUACAUGUUUACCUCAGAGCCCCAUUCCCUCACACCACCCAACUGCACUGCCUUGCAGACAGACACACACACCACACCAGACUGGACCAGUCCAACCAACCAGAGUGAACAAGCUUCACUUUUGAACUAUGAACUUUGAUCCUCCCAGCCAAUGGAGUUUAACUGAAGGAGAAGGGAACAAACAUAACUCUCCAGAAAACUCCCAGAACAAUCCCUCUCGGUCGCUCUCCCUUCCACUCUACUGCCAAAUCCCGAAUGACUGAACUGGAUCUUCGAAACAACAAAAAUAUUGAAAUAAAGUAUUUUAAUUUUUUCCCCUUUCUCCCAUUUUUCUGGAGAUUUUAACGAGAAUUUUCAAAGGGCAUUUGGUCUUUUAAUUGUGUAGAGAUUGCAGGGACUUUGUUCAUAUUUUUCUAAGAUUUUUCUUCUCGUCGUAAUUGGAAAAUCGGUAUCUUCAAGGUCAACUUUGAAGGGACUCUUAUUCUGAAGGGGGGGAUGAUAACAAGGGAUUGUGGGUGAUUUUUCUGUAACUCUUAAACCAAUCAUGAUACGAGGAUCCCUCUUCAAAUCAAACAACUUUACAACCAAUUUUGGUUUCAUCUCUUGUACAGUACAAAAAGUUUGUAAUAUUUAUUUUCCCUCUCAAUGUGAAAAGUAUUUUUUUUCAAUUUAAGUGUAAAAAAAUAUAUAAUUUCAUCCAAACAUUUUUGAGGGCCAAUUUAAUAUCUCGUUGAAGAAAUUACUUCAUUAUCUAUUCUUCUGGAUGAUAUUCACACCUUUUGACUGUUUUUGUUUGUUUUUAGUCGUCGUUGUUGUAGUCACACUGGGGGGGG